AAUCCCUCUACGGACCGAAUUCUAAUCGACACCCGCGAGCCUUCGGAGCUGCAAGCAACCGGCACAAUCCCCGGCUCGAUCAACAUCCCAAUCACAUCAAAACCAGACGCCUUCUUUAUAAGUCCGGAAGAGUUUGAGGAUAGGAUGGGCUUUGAGAGGCCAGGAAAGGAGAAGGAGGUGGUCUUUUAUUGUAAGGCGGGGGUGAGGAGUCGGGCGGCCGCGGAGCUGGCGAGGCAGGCGGGGUGGGAGAGGGUGGGGGAGUAUUCAGGGAGUUGGUUAGAUUGGGAGAAGAGGGGUGGG